UGCCGCGGUGGCCCGGCGAGCGUGCGUGCGUGCGUGCGUGUGUGUGUGUGUGCCGCGGUGCCGGGGUGCCGCCAUGCCCCGCUGCUUCAUGGCCAAGAAGGCGGGGGGGCGCCCCUCCCCCUACCCCGCCCCGCCCCGGGACAGGUCGCCCCCCCCGGAGGGACCCCGCGGCGCAUGGACCCCGCGCUCACCCACGGCGGGGGAGACGGCCCCCUCCCCCCCGCCCCCCCACGCCACCUCCGCCCCCCACCACCACCCCUACCCCCUUGACCUGCACGUGCCCCCGCCCCCCCCGCACUACUACCCCGCCCCGCCCAUAGACCUGGGGCGGCCGGGGCAGGGGGGCGGCUACCCCAUGUACCCCGCAGGGCCACACGACCCCCGCCCCCGCGCCAGGGCGGAGGGGGGGGCGGAGCGCGUGGUGGAGGUGCACAUCCCCGAGGUGACGCGCCCCGACCCCCAGCGGCCCCCGCACCCCCACGGCCAGUACCAGCACCCCCCCGUCACCCUGCUGUACGGCGGCUACAUGGCGGACCCCCGCGGCUACAGCCCCCCUGGCCCCGUGGCGCUGCCCCUCACGCCCUCGCCGGACCACGGGCGCGCUCUCACCCCCCCGGAGGGCCUGGGGGGGCUGGUGUCCCUGGCGCCGCUGUGCCCGCAGUACGAGGCGCGCGGCGAGCCCCCCGAGGAGCCCAUCAACCUGACGACGCGGCAGCCGGCGGCGGCGGCGGCGGCAUCGUUGUACGAGCGGCCGCCGGAGGACCUGAGCACGGCGCACGCCAUCCUGGACCUGUCCACGGCGCGCGUGGCGGAGUACUCGCCGCCGCACACGCCGCCCUCCCCCCACGCCCACCUGGACUACCCGCCGCCCCAUGCCCUGCCGCCCCACCCCCCGCACCUCCCGGCGCACCCCGCCGCCGCCGCCGCCGCCGCGCCCCCGCCCGCCGGCCCGCCGCCCUACCCCCUGCAGGGCGGCGAGCCCCCGCGGCUGGAGCGGCCGCCGGAGAGCGCCUCGCCCAAGGCGUGCACGGUGGCCUACACGUACGAGGCGUUCUUCGUCAGCGACGGCCGGUCCAAGCGGCGCGUCACGGAGGCGCCGGAGAAGCCGCGCUACACGUGCUCGGAGUGCGGCAAGCACUACGCCACCUCGUCCAACCUGUCCCGCCACAAGCAGACGCACCGCGACCUGGACUCGGGCAGCGCGCGCCGCUGCCACGUGUGCGGCAAGGCGUACGUCAGCAUGCCCGCGCUGGCCAUGCACGUGCUGACGCACAGCCUGACGCACCGCUGCGGCGUCUGCGGCAAGGCCUUCUCGCGGCCCUGGCUGCUGCAGGGACACAUGCGCUCUCACACGGGGGAGAAGCCGUUCGGCUGCGCGCACUGCGGCAAGUCCUUCGCCGACCGCUCCAACCUGCGCGCGCACAUGCAGACCCACUCCCAGCUCAAGAACUUCAGGUGCAAACGCUGCAACAAGUCCUUCGCCCUCAAGUCGUACCUCAACAAGCACUACGAGUCGGCGUGCUUCAAGGACAUGCCGCUGCCGCCCUCGUCGCCGGAGCCCCAGGAGGGGGAGGCCAGUUAGUACCCCCUCCCCCGGGCCCGCCUGUACCGUACAAACCCGCCGUCCCGCACCACCACCACCGGCGCCGCCGCCGCCGCCGCCGCGCGCCGCCUCCGCCAGCCAGCGCCGCGCCGUGUCGCCGCGCCGACGCUGUCCUCAAGAUUCUCCGCCGAGAGCCUGGCGGCGCGAGGGGCCGGGGGGCGCCGCCCCCGCCGCCGCCCGUUGUUAGUCUGUUUGUUGCCGUUACUCUUCUGUUCACGUUCCGGCGGCGGCGCAGCGCGACUCUCCGCCGCCGCCGCCGCCGCCGAGUUUCACAUACAACGAACCCUCAACGAUCGCCGCCGCCGCCGCCGCCACGCCGCCGCCCGCCGCCGGCGCCGCCCGCAGCCGCAGGCCGCGGCGCGCCGCCCCCCCCGCGGCGGGCGGCACUAGUCUCGUAGGGCAGCUUGGGCCACGCCGGCGCAGCUUAAGUAUUUUCAGACUUACUCCGCCAAAGGGUAGGAUAUAUUUGAUCAUCGUAGUGAGACGCUUCCCAGGUUACUCCUCUUGUGUUAUCAUGAUUUGGCGCCAAGGGAACGCGCUGAGGGGGCGAGGCUCCCCCCACCCCCCAACACGGGUCAUGUGUGUGUGUGUGUGUGUGUGUGUGUGUGUGUGUGUGUGUGUAGGGGCGCGGUCCAGGUGCACAGAGGGCUCGCCGCCCCCCCUGACCCAGCCCUCCCGUAUCACUUGGCGGCUGACACCCCCCAACACAUAACACCCCUCCCCGGUCCCCCCACCCUCCCCUUCAUCCAUAAGACCUCAGCACACAGAUCUCAACACGUCGCCCAUUAUCUUAAGGGGCCGCCCACUACCCUCCUCGUGGCCAUCUCCCCACACCCUUAUUUCCUGCAGCUUAAAUGACCAACGCUAAACUAAUACCCUUAAACCCAUUACAACCAUUACCUAUUACGCCCAUUAACUUAACCCAUUAUCCCCUUAUGCCUCUAAAAACCCAUGUACCUUAUCCCUAAAACCCCUUAAAACCAUUAUCUAAGGGAAAUCACUUCUCUUGAACCCACAGAAAUUACACAGUAGACAUACCUAAAACUUCAAUGACCAGAAACACCCCCCUUAAAAUACUCCCCCACACCCCUUUACGCCCUUAUACCUCUUAAAAUCCAUUCCAACCCCUACCAUUAUCUAAGGGAACUCAUUUUUCUUGAACACUGAGAAAUUACACAGUACACAUACCCGAAAUUCCAAUGACCAAACAUACCCCCCCCUUAAAAUCCCUCCCCUUUACGCCCAUUAAGGGAGCCUCGCCGACCCCCUUAGCCUGUCCCCUGUGGCAAAGUUUAAGUGUGCUCUUAGAUGAGUAGACUAGCGGCCAAAGACUUAACUAGCAAUAUUUAGAAGAUAGGCAUUAGGUUUAAGAUAGUGAUGACGACGCUGAGGUAGUGAUGAGGGGUGUGGUGAAUGGGGGGGCGUAGAGGGGCGAUUUUUCACUUAUUGGAGGGGGGCUGUGGUGGUGAUGAUGGUGAUGGUGAUGAUGGUGAUGAAAAAUGGUAUUGAAAAGAAAGAUGAUGAAAAAUUGAUGAUGAAAUAUUGAUGAUGAAAUUUGGUGAUGAAAUUUGGUGAUGAAAAAAAUAAGAUAAUGAUGAGAAAUAAUAGUUUUUUUUUGUCUAUCUUUUUUCUCUCUAUCUUUCUCUCUAUCUUUUUAUUUUUUUUCAUUUUUCUUCCUCGUUUUCUUUCUUUUCUUCUUUCUUUCCCAUUUUCUUGUUUUUGUUUUCUUUUCUCAAUGUCUUUUUUUCUUCUGUUUUCUUUAUUUUCUUCUUUCUAUUUUCUUUUUCUUCUCCUUCUUUUCUUUCUUUCCUUUCUUUCUUUCUUUCUGUCUGUCUCUGUCUAUGUGCGUGUGUCCGUGUGUACGUUUCUUCACCACACACACACACACACACACACACACACACACACACACACACACACAUUCAAAUUGGAUCAUUAAAUCUUGACAAGACGAAUGUGACAAU